AGUGCAUUGCUGUAUAGUUUACAUUUUAGUAACCUAUUUGAAAAUUUUGUUAAAUAGCAAAAAACUAAAAAAAAAUUAUUGCUUAACAGCAAUUUUAAUUAAUGGCCAAUAACAAGCAGAAAUACAUUUGAAAUCAAUUUACCCAAGUAGUUGCAUUGCAAAUUUUGAAGGGACUGGUUGGCACAUAAAAAGGUGUUCCUCAAAUUAAACAAAAAAUUUAAAAUGUAUACCUUGAAAUCCUUUUGCGUGAUAUGGUUGCUCUUGUGCGUCAUCUCAGAGAUUUUAUCAACGGAAUAUUUGCACUUCGGUGGUACCGAAGAAGAGUCUAGACAGGCGGCAUACUAUUUGUCGGCCGAUAGUGGAAGCAACACCGGCCCCACGGAUGAGCUGAAACGUACGCAGCGUUCAUUUUGGAAGAAAUUAUUUAAAAAUGGCCUAUUUGGGGAGUGUGAAAACUGUUGCAAUAAUUGCAACUAUAAUGCAGGAAAUGGAGAUAAUUAUAGUCCAGCUCCUUCGCCACUACUGCCAUUUCAGCCAUGGCGAAAUUUACCUCUGUGGCGUCCUUUGCAGCCAUUAUUCAGCCCCUUAAAUUAUGAUAAUAGCUAUAAUAAUGGAAAUAACAACAAUUAUGUAAAUCCACCACGUUAUGGUAGUAAUGGUGUUAAUAAUCCGACCAUCUAUGAAAAUAGUGUCUUACCAGCACCAGCACCAGCCCCUGAACCUGUGUAUGAAAUUCCAACAGAAUUGCCACCAGCAGAGCCUGAUUAUACUCCAGUAGCCGAGGACACAUAUGAAUCACCUUCUCAGCCACCAGUAGCUGAAAAUAGUUAUAGUAUUCCUGAACCAUCUACCUAUACCAAUGAAGAAACACCUAAAACUCUGCAAUCCUCAAAAGGAAAAGUACCACAAAUAAUUUACCAACCCAUAAUUUAUGUAUCGCCUCAGUAUCAAGGCAAUAAACCCUUAAAUCAAGUCACACAGGAUAAAUCCAAAUAUGAUUACAAACCACAGCUGCCUAAUUAUGAAACGGAAUCAGAUACCGAAUCCGAACAACCUUCAUAUAGUUCAGAUGCAGACAAUACAAAAUCAGACGAUAGCUCCAAUUAUGUGUAUAAUACACCUGAAAAGCAAACACCUGCCAUAGUAACGCCUUGUAGUCAAACGAAUAGUUUUCCGUCCGUACCCUGUUUAAGUCAUCCAUCCCCGAAUCCUGCCGUAUCGACAGUCGCCACUGUUUAUAAUAUUAUCACCCCAUCAUUACUUCAUUCACUAACGACAGGUCAAAGUCCAUACACUGCAAAUGCAAUUACACCCAAUGUUCCAUGUGCAAAUAGUGACGGUCCUUCCAAGUAUUCAUUGCAUCCAUCUAAUGUUAUACCUUUGGACAGUUAUUCACUACCAUCAGCAAUGCCAGCAUCAACACCUUAUUUAUCACCUCCACCAUCAAUGGCAAGACCAGCUCCAGCAGCUCCCCCUGCACCAGCCUCUUACCAUCCAAGCUACGUACAACCUAUGCACUUGUCAUCUGAUGAUCAGCCAUAUCGUGUCUGUCCCGAACUUUUUGAGGAUUAUCAGCGUAAACUAAAUACAAUUAUACCGCACAUGCCUGGUGGUAGUAGAGGCAGUACUUUUGUAAAUGCUCAACUGAUACACUAUUGAUUGCUCUGACUGCAGUUGUAAAGAGAAUGGCUUGUAUAUUUUUCUAUUUAAAAAAAA